GGAGGCGGCGGCAGUGAGGGCGACCGAGAGAGGAGGCCGAGCCGGCGGGAGAGGCCGAGCGGGUCAGCUCGUAGUUCUUUAAGAUCCGGGAUGCCCUACAAGCUGAAGAAAGAGAAGGAGCCUCCAAAAUCUACUAAAAGCACUACAAAGGCCAGCAGCAGCAGUGGAAAGGAUGGAGGCAACGCAACAGAGAAUUCAGAAGAGAUCCAGCAGCAGCAGCAGCAGCAGCAGCAGCAGCAGCAGCAGACCUCAAAUAAGCGUCCCAGCAACAGUACCCCUCCACCAACCCAGCUGAAUAAGAUCAAGUAUUCAGGGGGACCUCAGAUUGUAAAGAAGGAGCGACGACAAAGUUCCUCUCGUUUCAACUUAAGCAAAAAUCGGGAGCUUCAGAAGCUUCCUGCCCUUAAAGAUGCUCCUCCUCAUGAACGGGAAGAGCUCUUCAUACAGAAGCUACGACAGUGCUGUGUCCUCUUUGACUUUGUCUCUGAUCCUCUCAGUGACUUGAAAUUCAAAGAGGUCAAGCGAGCAGGACUCAAUGAAAUGGUGGAAUACAUUACUCAUAAUCGGGAUGUUGUCACAGAAGCCAUUUAUCCUGAAGCAGUUAUUAUGUUUUCAGUGAAUCUCUUCCGGACACUUCCACCAUCAUCUAACCCUACAGGAGCAGAAUUUGAUCCUGAGGAAGAUGAGCCUACACUAGAAGCUGCUUGGCCACAUCUCCAGCUGGUAUAUGAAUUCUUUCUGAGGUUCUUGGAGUCUCCAGACUUUCAACCGAACAUAGCCAAGAAAUACAUUGACCAGAAGUUUGUAUUGUCACUGCUGGAUUUAUUUGAUAGCGAAGAUCCCAGAGAACGAGACUUUCUGAAGACAAUUUUGCAUAGGAUUUAUGGGAAGUUUUUGGGCCUCCGAGCAUAUAUAAGAAGGCAAAUCAACAACAUAUUUUAUAGGUUUAUUUAUGAGACAGAACAUCACAAUGGGAUUGCAGAAUUGCUAGAGAUUUUAGGGAGUAUAAUCAAUGGAUUUGCUUUGCCCUUGAAGGAAGAGCACAAAAUGUUCCUCAUCCGGGUCUUGCUACCAUUACACAAAGUGAAAUCUUUGAGUGUCUACCACCCUCAGUUGGCAUAUUGUGUGGUGCAGUUCUUGGAAAAAGACAGCGGUCUGACUGAACCGGUGAUAAUGGGGUUACUAAAAUUUUGGCCCAAAACACACAGCCCCAAGGAAGUUAUGUUUCUGAAUGAGCUGGAAGAAAUAUUAGAUGUCAUUGAGCCCUCUGAGUUCGUGAAAGUUAUGGAACCUCUGUUCAGACAGUUGGCCAAGUGUGUCUCUAGUCCACACUUCCAGGUGGCAGAGAGGGCAUUGUAUUAUUGGAAUAAUGAAUAUAUCAUGAGUUUGAUCAGUGAUAAUGCAGCCAAAAUCCUCCCUAUCAUGUUUCCAGCACUCUACAAAAAUUCCAAAAGUCAUUGGAACAAGACAAUCCAUGGGUUGAUCUACAAUGCGUUGAAGCUGUUUAUGGAGAUGAACCAGAAGCUAUUUGAUGAUUGCACACAGCAGUACAAGGCAGAGAAGCAGAAAGGGCGGUUCAGAUUGAAGGAAAGAGAAGAGAUGUGGCACAAGAUUGAGGAGUUAGCUCGCCAGAACCCUCAGUACCCCAUGUAUUGCGCACCCCCACCUUUGCCUCCUGUUUAUUGCAUGGAGACGGAGACCCCCACUGCAGAGGACAUACAGCUACUGAAGAAAACGAUGGAAACAGAGGCUGUACAGAUGUUGAAAGACAUGAAGAAGGAGAAGGUUUUGCUGCGUCGGAAAUCAGAGCUUCCUCAGGAUGUCUACACCAUAAAGGCUCUGGAAGCACACAAGAGAGCAGAAGAAUUUCUCACCUCAAGCCAGGAGGCACUCUGACGGGCUGGGGAGCCCCUGGAGGGUGCGCAGAAAUGCACUUUGUUCUAACAUAUAGCUAGGGAAUGAACAUGGUGACCUGUGCCUGUCCUCCACUCCAUUCUCAUUCUUUCAGGUUCAGUUUGAUUUUACAUUGUACCUCAUAUCCUACCACACUUUUACUUACUCCUGCUUUAAAUCUUCCUAAGGCUGUGUUUUGUGUGCACAUGUGAUGGGAGCCUAGCAACCUGUGGGAAUAUCAUUCCAUUGCAAGGAACUUCCCAGUUCCUGAUUUUGUAAAAAAUUUUCUGCAGUCCCAGGACCAAAGCAUUGAGAGUUCAUCUGUUUAUCAGUCAUGCAGAGCGCUUGAUUGAUGUCCCCUUUCCACCUAUAACACACAACCAUGUGGUCUGCAUAACAGAAACUUUAUGUCCCAUUGACUGAACAGGUCAGUACAGGCCAGUUUCCCUUGGGAAUAAUGUGUUAUCUCCCCACCCCUCAUUUAGAAUAAAUAGCUAAUCUGAUGGAGACUUCAGCUGCUUUUGGUCAUUAUGAGUAAGGGUGAUAAUUUUCAUCCCACUCCCUGAAAUUGUGUUUGCAUUAGCAGUCAUGCAUAAUUCCAGAUCCAGUGAUUUAGGUAAUGCUUUCAAUGACAUGGUAGUUUUCACCUUCCAAACAAAGGCUUGCAGUUGAUCUGUGUGCCUGGCAGCUAUUGUGCAGCUGCUCUGUGAAUGUGUUACUUGCCUUCUGUCUGUCUUUGUUAGAACUGGAGUGAGCGUAGCUGUUAAGCACAUUUUACUAAUGCCAACCUUCCUUUCAGCUGUUGGCUUUUAAGCUCCAGCAAAUCCUGAAUAGCUUUAUGCAUUUUGCAUAUCGAAAACCAGAGGAAAAAUUAAAUAAAUAAUACAGGAAACUCCAGUUUCCAUUUACCAACUGAGCUAGUCUUUUCCAGUUAAUCCCUCUCCCCAUUGCUAAAUUUCUACUCCCAUAAUCUCCCAGCCAGCAUGAUUUUAUUAGUUUUCACUGUGUUUGUGUGGAUUCCAGUUGUUCUAGCCCCAGCAUUCCUCUGUUUGGGAAACUCAAGAAAAAAAUGGAGCAGAAAUUCACUUUAGGGAAUACAUAAAUUUAGGGUAUUGACGGAUUUCUUUGAAGUAUGGCUAGCCUGAACAUAAUAGUUCCAUUUAUUUAAUAGCUUGUCAUAGUUGAAAAGCUGCUGACUUAAUUGAAUCAUGGGAAUCACAGAAGGGAAAGCCUUCACUAUCUUCUGCUUAAAUAUCCUGUGCUCUAGCUUUGAAAUAAUUGUUUCUAAUGAGGUUUUUUUUUUCAGAUUUUGGGGUUUAUCCCUUUACAGCUCUUUUAGGGGCUCCAUUACUGGGAAGCAGUGGAAUAUCAGAGAAGUAAUGAUUUUGAACUGGACUGCGAGCCUUUUCCCACCCCAUUUCAUAUUCUUUGUUUAAAUCUUUAUGUGAUGUAAUUUUGUCUUGUCUACUUACUUAUACCAUUCUGUUUCCACUGUACCUUGAAUAAUUUGUCAAGUUUAUUUGUAACAUAUUUCAUCUCAAUCUUCACCCAUUUCACCUGUUCAGAGACAUGUUUUAACUCUUAGAAAACUGAAAUUAAAAAACAAGUGGACAUUUGCCAAUUUUCUAUACUGAUACUCAUGCCGUAGGCUGGGUUCAUAUAUCAUGCUAAGCUAUUAUUUCUUUUAACCAUGAAUUGAAUAAAUUGCAGUGCCUGGGCUUACCCGUCAUGCAAAGCCAAACAAAUUGCAGUCUGACAUAUUCCUCAAUACUCUUCUCUGUGGAAUUCUUCAUUUUUCCACCCCUACUAAUAGUCCAUCAGCAUUCCAUGGUCACUGAGCAUGCUCAGUCUUCACUGGACUGUUUCUGGAGUUCUCACAAGCUUCUUUCCCUCCUGCAGAGCAUUUUUAUUUUGGCAACCCUUAUUUUGUACAUGGUAGUAUUUUAACUACAUGAGGACAGGCACUUAGAAUUGAGACAGAUGUUAGAAUAUAUGAUGAUGCUAACCUCCACUGUCAGCUGCCAAAAUACUUUCAGUAUCUGUUGUUCAAGAUGCUCUGUCUGGCUGUAGUUUCUCAUACUAAUAAUGACAUCUUUUAAUCCCCUUGCAAGGUACCAGUUGAAGCAGUAAAUGGAAGAAAAUUAAACAGGGACUUACAUUUGAUUUGCAAGAUGCCCCUGACAGUUCGGUGACAGAAUCAAACAAAAAUGAGGCCUUGCACAUUCAGCCACUGGUCUUUCAAAGUGUGGUUUAGCUGUGGGAGGAACAAAAGUAAGCUUGGAGCUCUUCAACACCAAAAUGUGAUUGUCUGUUUAACUAUUCCCCCUCAAGGUUGGGCUCUGUAAAUGAGAAGGACCAUAGGAGAUUAUCUUCCAUUACCCACAUGUAUGCUACACAGCACUUUUGUGCCUGUUACAGUUUUGCAUAGAUGAAGCAGGGCUGUAAUUGAGCAUCAUAUGCUGUACACUUAGAUGUAAAUAUAGGCUUUGUCUAAUCUUUCUUUGGGAUCAGGGAACUUGUGUUUGGGACCUAAUAUUAAAAUUUAGUUCGCUGCCAAUUCAUUUGAGUGUCCUAUGUAUCUAAAUAUCAGAGAAGAUGUAUAUGGAAGAGGUAAAAAAAAAUCACACUUCAAGCCAAACGAGCACCUCAGCCACACAACUUCCAGUUAUGCUCUACCUUAAUCCAGCUCUACCUAAAACACUUGCGUUUGUCCCUAUUUCAGCUUUUACCUUCCCUACUUUUUACAUGGACAGGGUUGGAGCUGCCUCUUUCAUGUCUUAUAUAGCCCUUCCCAAGAGGGGGAAAAAAGCAACUAAGUGAUGCAUUCACUCCCUGGACACAAGUAUGAAGCUGCUUUACAAUUCAUUAUGUACAUAUGGUGUACUUUAUUUUCAGUAGAGUAUUACAUAGUAUGACAGUGUUGGAUUUUGUACAGAUGUCCCUGUAUGUACAGAACUAAAUAAAAUGGAUCUCUUGAAAAGAUGAUA